AUGUUAGAUGAGGAGAAAUUCGAGUCUACCCCAAACCUUAGCCCAGAGCCGCAGAAGCAGAGGAACUUCUUGCAGGUUUUCUCGCGGCAGCUCACCGAGGAGAUUAGCGUAAAUUUAGGGUCUAUACCGCUGAUAGCAUGCUGCUUCGCGACGGGGCUCACUGAUGGCACUUUGUAUAAUGCAUACGGCACUUUCGUAUCGAUGCAAACUGGAAAUACCGUCUUCGUCGCGCUCGGUACAUCUGGGCAGAACAACAAGCCUUUCGGAUGGGCUCGUUCUCUCUUCUCAAUAGGCUGCUUCGUUAUCGGAUGCCUAGCCUUUUCUAGAUUUCAUAAGCUAAUCGGAGGCGGGCGCCGUAGAACGACUCUCUUCUUCUCCUUCUUGCUGCAAACAGUCAUCGUCGUCGUGGCCGCGACUAUUAUACAGACGGGCAUAGUCGACGGUACAUAUCCCUCGCGAAGAGACCCGGCGGAUGUGGACUUCCGAGAGCUUGCUCCUAUCGGGUUGCUCAGUUUUCAAGCCGCCGGCCAGAUCGUCAACAGCCGCGGUUUGGGAGUAAGCGAAGUCCCCACGGUGGUCAUCACAACUCUACUGUGCGAUCUAAUCAGCGACGAGAACAUCUUGCAGCCUCUCAGGAAGAACGUGAAGCGCAACAGGAGAGCUAUCGCUUUUAUCUUGACGCUUCUUGGUGCUAUAUGCGGAGGUUGGAUAUCCAAAGCUACGGGUGCGGUACAGCCCAGCCUUUGGUUUGUCGCCGCCAUCAAGGCAUCAAUUACCCUCUCCUGGUUAUUCCUAGGAGGGAACCCCGAGGAGUGA